AUGUCUCGGCACUGGCCAGAAAAGAGGCUUGCAAGCUCCUCUGCCCUGCUCCUGCUCCUGCCACCGCUUACAGCCAACAUGAAGAUGUCUGCAGCUGUUCUUGCUGCUCUCAUUGCAGUCUUCUGCUAUCAAACAUCUGCUGCUCCAGUCGGCGCUGACACACCAACCUCCUGCUGCUUCACCUACGUCUCCCGGCAGCUGCCGCGCAGCUUCGUGGCCGACUACUACGAGACCAACAGCAUGUGCUCCAAGCCGGCCGUCGUGUUCAUCACAAGGAAAGGCCGUGAGGUCUGCGCCAACCCCGAGAGCCAAUGGGUCCAGGAGUACGUGAACGACCUGGAGCUGAACUGA